AUGCAUUUUAAGAGCCUAACUUUGAGUGUCCUCCUCCUGUUUACCAGUGUCUGUUCUGCAGACAUAACUGCGAGUUUAAGUCGCAAGCGUGGCAGCGCCAUGGAAGCCCGUGAGAACUUUGGUUAUCGAUCUGUUGCUUACUUUGCAAUUUAUGGUCGCAACCAUAACCCGCAGGACCUUCCUGUGGACAGGCUCACACACGUUCUAUACGCAUUUGCCAAUAUCGACAAUGGAACAGGGGAGGUAUAUCUUUCGGACACCUACGCGGAUAUAGAAAAGCAUUAUCCGGACGACUCCUGGUCAGAGCCCGGAAAUAAUUGCCCAAAGAAUAUCAACGCCUUGCAUAUCAAGGAUAUGGAUCAGCAACUGGACUUCUGGAAUCUCAUGGCGUAUGACUACGCAGGGAGUUUCUCAACCAUCACAGUUGAUAGCUACCUUGCAGCUGGAGUCGCCGCUGAUAAGAUUGUUCUUGGCAUUCCCCUUUAUGGCCGGUCAUUUACCGGCACUGACGGGAUUGGUAGUCCAUUUAGCGAUGUUGGCCAUGGCAGCUGGCAGAAUGGAGUGUGGGAUUACAAAGCCCUCCCGCAGCCAGGUUCCAAAGAGCAUGUGACGACAGAUAUCAUUGCGAGCUACAGCUAUGAUCCAGCCAUGAGGACAUUGAUCACAUAUGACAACCCACAGGUGGUACUGAUGAAAGGGGAAUAUGUGAAAGCCAAAGGCCUGGGAGGUGCAAUGUGGUGGGAAAGCAGUUCGGAUAAGACGGGCAGUAAUAGUUUAAUUACCACGUUUGUCAGUGCUGUCGGGGGCGAAAACUUUUGA